GGUCCUCAGGGCCCUCCUGGGCAACCAGGAUUUCCUGGUCAGCAAGGUAGCAAAGGAGACAGAGGGCAACCAGGUUAUGACGGCUCACCAGGAGCACCUGGACCACAAGGUAUUUCAGGUCUUCUAGGGAGUCCUGGAGCAAAGGGAGAACCUGGGGAAGUUUAUUUUGAACCAAAACUUAAGGGCGAAAAGGGAGAACCAGGUUUCCCAGGACAACAAGGAACUCCUGGAAAAGAAGGAAGACCUGGAAGAGACGGAGUACCAGGUCAGCCUGGCCCCAAAGGUGCUUUGGGCACGAUUGGUACAAAAGGAGAACGUGGGCCACCUGGCGACAGUGGAUUUCCUGGUAUUCCUGGAGACAGAGGUUUUCCGGGAGCUCCAGGAGCUGGGCAACCAGGACAGCCUGGAGACAGAGGUGAAUCAGGAACCCCUGGUUUUGUAGGAUUACCUGGAAACCCUGGAAUUAAAGGUGAACCUGGAAAAGCUUUAGUUGUUGCUGGAGCCCCAGGACCAAUGGGACCUGCAGGUUCUCCUGGAUUUCCUGGGGAUCAAGGUGAGAAGGGUGCUAUAGGUUUUUCAGGCAGACCUGGGCUCCCUGGAGAGAAAGGAGACACUGGUAUAGAGGGUAAAGCACUUCCUGGAGCCCCUGGAGAAAAAGGCUACCCUGGAAUGGAGGGCCCACGAGGAAUAGAUGGCAUACCUGGUCAGACAGGUCAUGAUGGUUUACCUGGAGUUCAAGGUCUACCAGGAGAGAAAGGUGAACCAGGACUAGGUCUUCCGGGCCCUAAAGGAUUACAAGGACCACAAGGUCCUUCUGGCCUUACUGGAGAAAAAGGAACUAUAGGAGCACCAGGUGUCCCUGGUGAACAGGGCCUUCCAGGGGUUCCUGGCCAUUCAGGAGCUAAAGGUGAAACUGGCCCUAUUGGAGCAACAGGCAUGAGAGGUAAUCCUGGUGUACCUGGCAUUGGACCACAUGGAGAACCAGGGCCUCAAGGAUCAAAGGGAUCUCCUGGAGUUUCAGGCCCUGUUGGACAGAAAGGAGAAAUAGGAUAUCCUGGUUUCCCUGGAACAGAUAUGCCAGGACCAAAGGGUGAUAAGGGAAAAGCAGGCAUGCCUGGAUCCAUGGGCAUGCCAGGAUUGCCUGGACAAUCAGGUCCACCAGGAAAAGACGGGGCUUCAGGUUUACAAGGCCAAAAAGGAGAAAUAGGUUUAAUGGGAGUUCCAGGAAUCCCUGGUCAGUCAGGUUCCCCAGGCAAUCCAGGAUUACCCGGAGGAAAAGGUGAUGCUGGGUCUCCGGGGAUCCGUGGUGAGCCAGGAUUUCCUGGUCUUAAAGGUGAAAAGGGUGAAGGUGGACUGCAAGGACCUCCAGGAUCUCUUCCACCCAUGGAUAACAUGAAGGGUGAAAAAGGAGAUCAGGGAGACAAAGGUCUCAUUGGUUUCGAAGGACAAAAGGGGAUACAGGGUGAAAUCGGAAACCCUGGAAUGCCUGGAAAAGAAGGAGAUCAAGGAAUGCCAGGGAAACCAGGAGACAAAGGAGAGAAAGGUGGUCAUGGUUUGCCGGGAAGUACAGGACAUACAGGUCCAAAAGGAUCUAUGGGAGAAAUGGGCUUACCAGGACCUACUGGACCAAAGGGAGAAUAUGGUAUUCAAGGCACUCCAGGUCUACCAGGUGUAACUGGGAUCAAAGGUGAAAGGGGGCAGAAAGGUGAAGAUGGGCUUCCAGGUGUUGGUAUUCCUGGACCUCAAGGGACAAAGGGUGAUCCUGGAACCCCGGGUCAACAAGGUUUUCAAGGUGAAAGGGGUGAAAAAGGUGACGGCGGUAUCCCUGGGAUGCCAGGGUUUCCUGGUAUAAAGGGAUCGACCGGUUCUGCAGGAUUUCCAGGUAGCCCAGGAAUUCCUGGAGAAAAGGGAGCUAAAGGGCUCCAUGGAACACACGGUGUUUCUGGAUCUAAAGGACAUCCAGGUGAACCUGGAAUCCAGGGACCUCCUGGUUCACUUGGAGAAAAGGGUGCGCCUGGUCUUGAUGGAAUCCCAGGUGCAUCUGGUGAGAAAGGUGAUCAAGGUUUACCGGGAAGAGCCCUGCCUGGAUUUCCUGGAGAACGGGGAGAGAAAGGUUACAAAGGCGAAACUGGUUUACCUGGCGCACCUGGUCUCCCUGGCUUCCUGGCAUUAAAGGUGAUCAAGGGUUUCCUGGUAGGGAAGGAUCUCAAGGGACAGCAGGUUUUCCUGGACCUCCUGGAGUGGCAAUGGAAGGUCCAAAAGGAGAAAAAGGAAUUCAGGGUCCACCUGGAUUUCCAGGUUCUCCGGGUGCUGUGGGUGUUCCUGGAUCUGCAGGACAGGUUGGAUUGAAAGGAGAAAAAGGACAGCAGGGUUGGCCUGGAGCUCCUGGUACCCCAGGAGUGAAAGGUGAAACUGGAAUACAAGGUCUUCCUGGUGAUGCUGGUUCUCCAGGAAUAGAAGGACAGAAGGGUGAUGUAGGUUCUCAAGGAUCGCCAGGAUUUCCAGGUUUGAAAGGUUCACUGGGACUCAUCGGAGAGAAAGGACAAAUAGGAGAGCGGGGAGAACCUGGAACUAGAGGUUUACAAGGUCUACCAGGGCCUGCAGGUCAACUUCAGAUAAUUAAAGGAGAUCCUGGCCCUCCAGGACCAACAGGCCCCAGUGGCCCUAAAGGAUUCCCAGGAUAUUCUGGUCCUAAGGGAGAGCAAGGUAUUAUCGGUGCUGUAGGAUUGCCUGGACCACCUGGAGCGCCAGGAAUAAAUGGUAUCCCAGGUCAAAAAGGUGAAAUUGGUCCCAGUGGGCCAACAGGCCCAAGAGGGUAUGCUGGCCCACCAGGUUCAGAUGGUUUACCUGGUCCCAUUGGCUUACCUGGACUUCCUUCUAUGGCUCAUGGAUUCCUGGUUACAAGACACAGCCAGACAACUGAGGAGCCAUCCUGUCCUCUAGGCACAGUCCCAGUAUACACUGGUUACUCACUUCUUUAUGUACAAGGAAAUGAAAGGGCACAUGGCCAAGAUCUAGGUGCUGCUGGAAGCUGUCUACGUAAAUUCAGCACAAUGCCUUUCCUGUUCUGUAAUAUUAAUAACGUAUGUAACUUUGCAUCAAGAAACGAUUAUUCCUACUGGCUCUCAACACCUGAACCAAUGCCAAUGAGCAUGGCUCCUGUCACAGGAGAUCAUAUCAAACCUUUCAUUAGCAGAUGCAGUGUUUGUGAAGCACCAGCUAUGGUGAUGGCAGUUCACAGUCAAACAAUUCAGAUCCCUCCAUGUCCAGAUGGGUGGAUUUCAUUGUGGAUUGGAUAUUCAUUUGUAAUGCAAACGAGUGCUGGUGCUGAAGGUUCUGGCCAGGCUUUGGCAUCUCCAGGUUCUUGUCUGGAGGAAUUCCGUAGUGUACCAUUCAUUGAGUGUCAUGGACGAGGAACCUGUAACUACUAUGCCAAUACAUACAGCUUUUGGCUGGCUACAAUUGAGAGAGAUGACAUGUUCAACAGAAAACCUACACCUUCAACUCUGAAAGCUGGAGAUCUCCGUACACAUGUCAGCCGAUGUCAAGUAUGCAUGAGACUUAAUAAUAUCAGAAAUCAAAUAAACAUCAAAAAUCAUAUUUGA